AUGAUCAAGUCCGCGUCCGAAUCGCACUUGAAUGAACAUGAAACUGACUAUAACUAUGAUAAAUCUGUUACUCCACCAAAUUUUGUUUAUGGUCGAGCUAAAAAGAGAAAGGAAUACGAUAGCCCCUCGUCGAAAGGACAACAUACUUCUGGAAAUAACGACCUGAACACCUUGAGAGAAGAUAUUAAAGAUAUGUUUACAUCUAUGCUCGCUGCCCAAAAACAAGAAUUUAAUAAAAUUAAUCCUACAUUAAAGUUAAUACAGGAAACAAAUAACAAAAUUGAGAGCUCAAUUGAUUUUUUAACUAAACAAAAUGGAUUUUCAGAAAAGAAUUGA